AUGCCUGACAAAGUCUUCGUCGCCACGGUCGUCGCCGACCUCCUCUUCCUCGCCUCCGGCGCCAUGGAGCUCGGCUUUUCCAUCGCCGCCAUGAACCUCAAGGACAAGACGCCCACCGACGGCCAGGAUGCCACUCGCCAUCUACUCUACCAGCGUUUUCCCCUCGUCGUGGGCAUCGUCAACGCAAUCUUCAUCCUCGUCACGUUCCUCUUCACCGUGCCGGCCAUGGCGCUGGUCAAGCGCAACCUGCUCAAGAUUAGCGGCUACAUGAUUACCGUGUGCGCCGUGUUUACGCUGGCGGUGGGCUUGUACCUCUGGAUCAUGACGUUGACGUUGAAGGAGACGUUUCUGCCGGUUUAUGAGGAUCAGGAUUCGUCGAUUCAGUCGUUGGUGCAGGUUUCGUUCCAAUGCUGCGGUUACCUCAACGCCACAACUCCCGCCUUUGUCACAGACUCUGCCUGUCCCAGCCCUGCCGCGGCCGCUCUCCUGCGCGGAUGCUCCACAAACAUGGCCAGUUUCGCAAACGCCUUUGUCACUGACCUUUUCACAGCCAUCUUUGGCAUGGUCGGUAUCGAUGCUCUCCUGAUCCUUGCCAUCGCCUGCCUCCUCAAAGAGCGCAAGGAAAUCGAGCGCUACUACAUCAUUGAUCAAAAGAGAAACUAUGGCGGUUUGUAG